GAUCGUAGAAAGAUAUCAUCAAACAGCAUUGAGGAUGCUGCCGCAAGCGCCGCUCGCGGCGGCCUACGCGUGUCCAUGGAUAGUGUACGGUAUGAGUUGGUGCAACCGGGCCGAUGAAAAACUGCUGGCCGUCACGAGCUUCACGGAAGUGUACGAGAACCAGCUUCAGAUUCUCAAAGUUGUCGAUGCAACUCCGGAGUCGGUCAAUCCGAUCGCAUGUGGAGGCGAUGGAACGGACAUGGAUGUGGACGACGCUUCGAGCAAAAACUGUGUCUCGCUUCAAUCGUUGGCUGCUGUUGAUCAUCCGUACCCCCCGACAAAAGUUCUGUGGAGUCCUGACGGCACGACGUCGAAGCUGGUUACGACCGCCGACUACCUUCGUCUCUGGCACAUGCAAGGCGACUCGAUCCAAGUCAAAGCUACGUUUAGCAAGUACCGCGCACACGAAAACACAUCGCCGAUCACGUCCGCAGACUGGAACGUUGCAGACCCAAAUAUCCUUGCCACAACUUCUGUCGACACGUCGAUUUGCAUCUGGGACAUCAACAACAAUAAGGUGCCCAGGAAAGAAAUCAUCGCCCACGACGCCGAAGUCUUCGACAUGGCGUUUUCAACUGGGACAAACAUCUUCGCCUCAGUCGGGGGCGACGGGACCCUUCGUGUGUUUGACUUGAGGAAUCUAGACUCGUGCACCAUUGUAUACGAGACAGCAGACGUCCUGCCGCUUGUUCGGCUAGCAUGGAAUCCCCUCGACACAAACUACAUCGCGACAAUGCUAGCCGACGGCCCGGCGGCACUCGUCAUGGAUCUUCGACUGCCAUCCAUUCCCGUCAUGGAACUCCCAGCAUCCCCCACGGACAACCGUGCUGCCAUCAACGCGUUCGCAUGGUCUCCGAGGUCCGCCCAUCACAUUGCCACUGUCGGUGAACACGACCAAGCCUUCUUGUGGGACAUCUCUCAACCUUCGCAACAUCGGCGCCCGGUGCUUGGAUAUGCUGGCGGAUCGAGAAGUAUCAAUCAGGUAAAGUGGUCAGCCUGUCACCCCGAGUUCGUCGCUCUCGGAAUCGACAAGUCCGUCCAUGUCGUUCGAGUCUAAUUCGACCUCCGUGACCACUU